AGUUCCAGUAUCCAGUUUGUGCCCCGCUCUGGAGUUGGACAGACGACAUGGAGCGGCUCCUGAAGCGUGUCAAACCGGGCAAAAGUGAAACGUCCAAGUCGGAAUAUGCUGAGGACGAGUUGAAAAAGUUCAUCGGCCCUGGCCACCUCAUCGAAUUGAACCCUAGGUUUAUCAAAAGACGCUUCUGCUGUCGAAAAUCAAAGGACAACGAGCUGUACCGCAGCAACAGCUUCAAAUUCGAGAGAUUUGACAAAUCAGAUUCAGCCGCAGACCUAACGCAAAUAGCAAAACAGGUGUCAUUAUGUGAUGACUACAGCUUUCCUGUCGACUUUGUCAACAAAUCACGCCCACUUAGCAUCGGAUCUUCCAUAGCUUGGGACAAAUCCUCUCCUCAUUUAGAAAAUGUCGAAUUUGUAGAGUUCUACUGCGACCCUCAAGACUCCAAGGCUUAUCUUGAGCCCGGGGUAGACGUCAGCACGAAAUUAUAUACGACACCGGACAAAGAAUACAGUCAUCCGUAUAGCACAGAUUGUUUGUCUGAGGUGGAGGAAGCAGAAGUUUACGAAGAUGUAGGGGAAGAUAAAAACGGACUAGCACAGGCUAACCCUUAUUACUGUAACAAUCACACUUCUGACAGAUCUGAGGACCGGAUGUCGCCCAGGCUUGACGAAAUGUCGCGAAGACAUCAAUAUGAAACCGCUUUUGAUUCAAAAAUAAGCAAAUCCGAUGAUGAACUGGAUGUCGAUGAAGUUACCAAUAAAUCUAUCAUUGUUGCAUGUAGGAAUGAGCACAGAGAGGAGCCUUAUUACAAGCGACCCAGGUCAUUAGCCACAGUAGAGCCAGAAUCGUUGUCAAAAGAAAUCGACCGACUCCAUUUGGACGUGAGACCUUUUGUUGCUCCUACUCCCCCAUCCAGUGCACCUCUACCCUCAAAAUUUCAUUCAGGGAUCUGUAUUGGUCCAGUACACAGUUCGCCCGAUUUGUCGAUCAGGACAAAAGAUUUACGCCUCCCUAUAAAAACAACAAAGCACAGACCAAGGAGUUGUUUUGUCGAUAAAGAUGAUACACGUAGAUUUUGUGACCGUGAACAAGGCAAUUCAAAAAGCAAAAUGAGAGGACUAGAAAUUCGUGAGAUUAAGGGAAGGCCCCCAAGACGAAUUAAAUAUUCAAGCACAGAAUCAAUGGCGACGAGUAGCAGUGGAGGUAGCUUAGAAUCAAUUCGAAGCAGUACAAGUGAAGGGAAUAGAUCCACCUCAAGUUGUGAAAGCCGUCACAGUAGCACUCUCAGUUCAUAUAGCUCUGAUUCCACAGGAAGCUGUUCCGGAUUCCAUCCAACUGUAAAUUCUCUAAGCACUAGAGUUUUCCAGCAAACUAAAUUCAAUAUCCUUUCACCUAUAUCAGACAAAUCUUCUCAAGAACCCUGCUCUGAAACAUCUGAAAAUAAUAAAAACAACAAUUCUGAAAAAGCAUCUCCAGAAGAAAUAGUGGUGACUCCGAUUAGUGAAAUACAAAAGAAACGUAGAACCGCGCAAAACAGAAAUAUAAUUAAACUUGACCUAUGCUCUGAACAGGAAGCCCACCAGGGGAGCGACAGCGGUAUUUCAAUUGAAUCAAGAAUAGGUAACAUCAACCCAUCGGAUCUCAGCGACCUUCCUUUCGACAUGCCAAAGCUGAGACGGCGAAGAAUGCUUCAAGAGCAAGCCCAAGACACUUCAGGUUCAGCUACUUCUGUCGAUCUGGGAGAUUUGCCUUUUGACAUGCCCAAGCUCAGAAGGCGACUUCGACCCGCUCUUAGCAUCAAUUUAGAAGGUUCUCAGAAAUCCAACAACACCCUUCAAGAAUGCAAAAAUCCCAGCAUCAAGAGACCUUCAUUGAGCCUAGAUCUACAAGACGUGGGAGAUAAGAAACUGUCAUUUGGAUUACCCGAUCUUCCUGUAUGCAGACCACCAGAUCAAAUUGAUACCUCACUUCCUCUUGAGCAACAGGGAUGGUACCACGGUGCGAUUACUAGAUUGGAAGCUGAAAACAUUUUGAGAAUGAACAGAGAAGGAAGUUUUCUUGUUAGAAACAGUGAAAGCACUAAACAAGACUACUCUCUAUCUUUAAAGAGUGCUAGAGGUUUUAUGCACAUGAGAAUACAAAAAUGCAAGGAAACUGGGAAAUUCAUUUUAGGACAGUUUAGUAACCCUUUCAUGAGUAUACCUGAGAUGAUAAAGUUUUAUUCAAUCGACAGACUUCCAAUAAGGGGUGCAGAGCACAUGUGCCUAUCUCAUCCUAUCAUAGUUCAACUUUUGUAACAUCUUUUCAUACUUCUUCUAUCGAAAGUACUGAUAAACCUUUAGGCUAGACAGUAUCAAGGGUUAAACAUAAGUAUGAAGCCAAAGUAAAAUUGUUAAUGAAUUUGUUCCUUACCAAUUAUUAUACAUAGUUGAUGUACAACUUUUAAUGAUAUUUAUAUUUAUUAUACUGAAUUAAAUAUUUACUCUGAAAAAUUAAACACAUUAAAAUGUUUUAUAUACACUAAUUGAUUUAAAUACAUCUGAUCAUAACUUUCUAAUCUGAAUAUGACAUUAUCAAAAUGUAUGCCUAAUUUAAUACAGAACAUUUCAUAUAUUAUCAACAAAACUUUAAAGACCUGGUGCACACUAUUAAACAUUUUUACCUCCUACAAAAUCACUUUGACAAUUGUAAAUAACAAUUACAAAUUAAUUUGGAGGAAUUUAAAUUGUGCAGGAAAAAAGCAUAUCUUUUUUUAUACAAAAUAACUGUAGUAAUGAAAUGUUUUAAAAUCUCACCAUGGAAUUAUAAAAUAUUUUAUUAUUAUACUUUAAUAUUAAAAAAAACAUUAAUCUUAUAAAUGAAAGUAUUACAAUAAAGAAUAUUAUUCUAGAGUAAUAAUAGUCUUAUUGAAAUAUUUAAUACUGCGCUCUAGGUCUAAUAGAGACUGUUUAGUGAUUGUUGUACUACUCAAAAAUAUAUUUCCAUAAUUAAGUAACUAUUUUAAUAAUAUACAUGAGAUAAUAAAAAAAAUAUAUAUAAAGUGAGUUUUUAAAAUUAUCUAGGUAAAAGGAAAGGAAGAGUGUGUUAAAGUAAAAAUUAGUCUGAAAAAAAUUCUUUUCCCAGUGUUACCUCAUUGUUAGAAAGCUCAUAUGUAUAAAUCAUUAAUUAUUUAUUAAGCAAAAAAUGCCAAAGAUUUAGUUUAGUAAGUCAUGUCACAGACUGGUAUAAAUAGUGUAUAGAUCAUUGUUUUUUGACAAUAUUGCUUAAGAGGUCGCACAGUUUUGUGCAGGAAGAUAAUUUAAGAUUUCUUUCUUACUGAAAAUAUUUUGUUUUUUUAUGUUUUAACAUGAAUCCUAGUUUUUCCGUUUAUAUGAUUGUUAUAAUUCAUUUGAAAUUUAAUAUAAUAAGUUUGUGCCCCCGAUCAUUUUCUAAUCGCUUGAAAACUAAGAUAUAAAAACGUGAUUAAGAGUGGUUUUGAUCUUCCAUUUUUUAACAAAACAUACACUACUAUUAUUGUUAAAUUUCUACUGAUUUUAUGACAAAUAUAGAUAGUAAUUGUGAAUUGUUGAUAGAAAUUUUUAUAUGAUGGUGGGGUACCCUCAGAACAUUUUUGUAAACAGACUGAAAUAGGGUACAUAUUUAUUUUUUUAAAAAGCGAUAGUUAUAUAAAAUUGACAAUGACAUUGUUUUAUAAUGUAGAUUACUAACAAAACAAUAAAGUAGAAAGAGAUAAUGUUAUCAAAUCUCACAAUGCAAAGAACCAAAAAUAAUGACUAGCUAGCGAGGUAACAUCCAAUAUCUUAUAUACAUCAUUUAAAAAUGUACUUAAAAAAUAUUAAGACAUUGCAGUUGAAUUAGUUACCAAUAUAUUGUUUAUAAUACUUUAAAACAUAUAUAACCGAUAAGGAUUUGAUUUAUAAACCUCAAUUAUUUUAUUGGUUCUGGUAAAAGUAAUCAAGGAUUUGUAAGAGUAUUUUGAUAAAACGAAACUGUAACAUUCCCAUUAUAACAUAAGUUAAUAUUUAAUUAGAUAUGUACUUAGGUUGUGAUAAAAAUUGUUGUUGUAUUGUGUAAUUGUAGUUACUCUGUAACCUUAUAAACUGUCUUAUAUUGAACAGUUUUAACAAAGAAAAUAUUAAAAUUACAUUUGUAUAUUUAAA